AUGAAGAGCUUCCUGAUUUGUAUUAUCUUGGGAGCGACGGCCUCAGUGUCCGGACACGGUGGCCGCAUCGUGAACGGCAAACCGGCGGCGGACCACGAGUUCCCGGCGCUGGCGUCUCUGCACGUGAACGGCAGCCACUACUGCGGCGCCAACGUGCUGAAUGAGCGCUGGCUGCUCACCGCCGCGCACUGCGUCAGAACCAGCGCACCGCCUGAGCAGUACAUAUUGGCCGGCACAAACUUACAGACGAGUGGAGGCUCCAUCCACCAAGUGGAGCAGAACAUCGUACACGUGAACUAUACUGGUCUGGUGGACUCAUCUGCAGAUAUAGCUUUGCUGAGGGUGUCUCCUCCGCUAGCUCUGGAUGGAGUGACCGUUUCCACAGUGAAGCUGCCGGCUCAGGGACAGGAGAUAGAAGACGGGGCGAAUGCAGUCGCUGCUGGAUGGGGCAAACUGUCGGGGGAUUCUGGAGGACCUCUUUAUGUGAACGAGCAACUUGUGGGCCUAGUUUCCUUUUCUCGGUACUGUUCAGGCCUUACACCACCGAGCGUCUACACCAGGGUCCCAGUGUUUGUCGACUGGAUCAAAGAAAACGCACAGUAG